AUGCAUCGUCUCCCGCGCCCCGCCUUCCUCCCGUGCACCCCGCUCCCCCCGGCGCUCUCCCGCCCCAUCUCCACCCUCCCGCGCCCCGUCUCGCCGCCCUACCGAUCGCCCGCGCGCCGCCCGGCGGCCCGCCUCUCCUCGCCCCCCCACGAGAGCCGCGCGACGCCGUCGGAGGACCCGCCCGCGCCCAAGCCGGCCCUGGCGGCGCCGUCCGACCCGGCUCGCCUGUCCUCGCGCUUCAAGACCCAGCGCCGCAUCGCCGUCGGCUUCGCCAUGGGCGCCGUCGUCAUCGCCUUCGUCUUCUCGGGCCGCUGGGUCUUCGCCCUGGGCAUGCUGGCCACCUCGCUCAUCGGCCUCUACGAGUACUACCGCAUGGUCGCGGCCAAGGGCCACCUCCCCGCGCACAAGAUGGGCCUCUGCGUCACCGCCGCCACCACCCUCUCCAGCGCGUACGCCCCCGCCCUCGCGGACGUCGUCUUCCCCGUCGGCGGCACCAUGAUCUGCAUCUACCUGCUCUUUCGCCGCAAACGAAUCGCCACCAUCGCCGAUAUCAGCACCACUUUUAUGGGCCUGUUCUACGCGGGUUAUUUGCCCAGCUUCUGGGUCCGCCUGCACGAAUACACCGCAAGCUCGUCCCCGAACCUCGUCGCCGCCGCCAUUGCCCGCCUGUGGCCUGCCGCGCUGGGCUUCAGCCCGAUUAUUACCGUCGGCUCUUUGCUCGUCUUCUGGACAUGGCUCGCGACGGCAAGCGCCGACAUCGGCGCGUUUUUCAUCGGUAAGACCUAUGGUCGCACCCGCUUUAGCAACAUCAGCCCGAAGAAGACCGUGGAAGGCGCUGUCGCCGGUUUCGUCUGCUCGGCUGGUGUUUCCAUCCUCGGCGCCUACCUCUUGCAAUGGCCGCUGUGGUGGGCCACUGGCGCCGUCUAUGGCACAACCGUCGGUGUGCUCGGCCUUUGCGGAGACCUUUUUGAGAGCUGUUUCAAGAGGGAUGUCGGGUGGAAGGAUAGCGGUUCCCUGUUCCCCGGCCACGGCGGCAUGCUCGAUAGGGCCGACAGCUACGUUCUUGUUGCCCCGUUGGUCUACUUUUGGGCGACAAUGGUGCUCCCGUUCAUUGCCAGGGUCGUGCUGUGA